UUCAUCAUGAGUCUUCUUCCUCUUCCUCCUUCUCACUCAUUCCCAAUCACUAGCCUCUCUCGAAGUAGGGAUUGGGGGAAUUAAUAAAAAAAAAAAAAAAUCUCAUCUUUUCUUUGAUUUUGUUCUCUACUGUUUCGUAUCGAAGCCUAAAAACAAGUUUCUCUUUUUUGGAAUCUGUGGGAUUUUAAGGGAAGAUGGGUAUCUCGAAUUGGGUUUUCUUAUUAGUGAUUUCUUCUACAGCUACCCUUUUGGUUUCUUGCUCUCUUGCCCUCACUCUUGAUGGGUUUGCUCUUUUGGAAUUGAAGAGUGGAUUUAAUGAUACGAGGAACUCUUUAGAGAACUGGAAAGAUUCAGAUGAGACACCUUGUUCUUGGACUGGCGUCUCCUGUAAUUCUCAAGACCAAAGAGUUGUUUCUAUAAACUUACCUUACAUGCAACUAGGUGGGAUUAUAUCUCCUAGCAUUGGGAAGCUUAGUAGAUUGCAGAGACUGGCACUUCAUCAGAACAGCUUACAUGGAACAAUUCCUAAUGAAAUCACCAAUUGCACUGAGCUCAGAGCUAUGUAUUUGAGAGCAAAUUUUUUUCAAGGAGGGAUCCCACCGGAUAUUGGCAACCUUACAUUUCUUACUAUAUUGGAUCUAUCAAGCAAUACACUGAAAGGUUCUAUUCCUUCUUCAAUUAGUCGAUUGAAUCGACUACGCUCCUUGAACUUGUCAACCAACUUUUUCUCUGGCGAGAUCCCAGAUAUAGGAGUUCUCAGCAGAUUUGGUGUUGAAACAUUUACCGGUAAUUUGGAUCUUUGUGGCCGGCAAAUUCACAAGCCAUGUAGAUCAUCAAUGGGUUUCCCUGUUGUUCUUCCUCAUGCAGAAACUGAUGAUGAAUCAGAGACUCCAAAGCGGUCUUCACGCUUGAUUAAAGGAAUUUUGAUAGGAGCAAUGUCUACAAUGGCUCUUGCAUUCAUUGUGAUCUUUGUGUUCCUAUGGAUUUGGAUGCUCUCAAAGAAAGAAAUAACAGUAAAGAAGUACACCGAAGUCAAGAAACAAAAGGAACCAUCCGAAACGAGUAAGAAGCUAAUUACUUUCCAUGGAGAUCUUCCAUACUCCUCGACUGAGCUGAUCGAGAAGCUAGAGUCUCUUGAUGAGGAAGACAUUGUGGGUUCAGGAGGAUUUGGCACGGUUUAUCGAAUGGUAAUGAACGAUCUUGGAACCUUUGCGGUUAAGAAAAUAGAUAGGAGUCGACAAGGAUCAGACCGAGUUUUUGAGCGAGAGGUUGAGAUUUUGGGAAGUGUCAAACACAUCAAUCUAGUGAACCUACGUGGAUACUGCCGCUUACCAUCUUCAAGACUUCUCAUCUAUGAUUAUCUUACCGUGGGGAGCUUAGACGAUCUUCUCCAUGAACGAGCUCAAGAAGAUGGUUUGUUGAAUUGGAACGCUCGGUUGAAAAUAGCACUAGGUUCUGCGAGGGGUCUAGCGUAUCUACACCAUGAUUGUAGUCCUAAAAUAGUUCACCGUGAUAUCAAAUCAAGCAAUAUUCUACUCAAUGAUAAACUAGAACCUCGAGUCUCGGACUUUGGUCUUGCAAAGCUUCUUGUUGAUGAAGACGCACAUGUUACCACCGUGGUAGCUGGCACCUUUGGCUAUCUUGCUCCAGAGUAUCUACAAAAUGGGAGAGCGACAGAGAAGUCUGAUGUCUACAGCUUUGGAGUUCUUCUCCUUGAGCUUGUUACUGGAAAAAGACCAACAGAUCCAAUAUUCGUUAAACGAGGCUUGAAUGUUGUUGGAUGGAUGAACACUGUGUUGAAAGAGAAUCGAUUGGAGGAUGUGAUGGACAAGAGAUGCACCGAUGUAGACGAAGACUCUGUUGAGGCAUUGCUCGAGAUAGCGGCGAGGUGUACAGACGCUAACCCUGAGGACAGGCCAGCUAUGAACCAGGUGGCUCAGUUGCUUGACCAAGAAGUCAUGUCACCUUCUGCGAUCGAUUACUACGAUGAUUCUCAGUCUGAUUACUGUUAGGGGGACGCUUGCUUAUGCAUGGCUAAAAGUAACCGGUAAAUCUCAAUCCCACGACGGUUUCGUUGUUGUUGUUGUUGCUGUUAUGAAUGUUGUAGUUUGGGAUGGAGGGGUUUUGUAUGUAAAUUAGAUAUGAAGGUGGAGUGUAAGAUUAUUGAGGUUCAUUGUUCUUGUGCACUUUUUUUAAUGUUUUUGUAAACGUAAACGAUCCAUUCUCUUGUAUUUUCAAUAUUCAAAGCAGAGGACACUUGAGAGCUCUGUUAUUUAUUUAUUGUU